AUGUGUGCGGGCAACAGAAGAAGCGAAAUGACUAAGGUCAAACCUGUUAAGGGCUUAAAUUGGGGCGCGGCUGCCAUCGGCACGGCAACCUGGACCGGCGUACCAAUUAGAGAUAUUUUAUUAUUAGCCGGCGUCAACGAAGAUGAAGUCGACAAGCCUAAACAUAUUCAGUUCGAGGGUUUGGAUUGCGAUAUAACCGGUAAAAUGUACGGGGCGUCGAUUCCAAUUUGGAAGGCGUUGGAACGAAGAGGAGACGUAAUUUUAGCUUAUGAAAUGAACGGCGUGCCCAUACCGAGAGAUCACGGGUUUCCGAUAAGAGUCAUCGUUCCAGGUGUAGUCGGUGCUAGAAACGUCAAAUGGUUAGGAAAAAUAAUCGUGUCUGAUAAAGAAAGCGAUUCACAUUGGCAACAAAACGAUUAUAAAGGAUUUUCACCUUCUACCGAUUGGGAUACAGUCGAUUUUUCCAAAUCGCCAGCCAUUCAAGAAUUGCCUGUGAUAUCCGCUAUUUGUCAACCGAUCAAUGGUAGUACCGUUAAAGUUGAAGACGAUAUGAUUACAGUUAAAGGUUAUGCUUGGUCAGGAGGCGGUCAAAAAAUCGUCAGAGUCGAUGUUACUGCAAACUGUGGUAGAACUUGGCAUGUAGCCGAAUUUGACCAUCAAGAUACCGCGCUGCCUCCUGUACAUUGGGCGUGGACAUUAUGGUCGGUAAAGAUACCUGUUGAUGAAAGAACCAAGAACGUUGAAAUUUGGGCGAAAGCAGUCGAUUCUAGUUACAACACGCAACCGGAAGGUUUUGAAAAUAUUUGGAAUCUGCGCGGUGUGUUAAGCAAUGCUUAUCACAAAGUCAAAGUGACUUUGAAACAUUAA